AUGGUUGUAUUUUCUUGCCUUACUAUGUCGCGAGGUGCUAGUAAUGGGUUGGCCGCGUCCGGGGCAAUUUCGGGUGGGAAUAACGACCGCGUGAUAAGGUCUUGGAGGAGUCCCACAAAGGCCUGCGAGCGGGCUCGUAUUGAGAGCGACUCUGCCAGCCACGCUCCGUUGCUGGAAACGAAACUGGGAAAUAACGGCUCAACUGGAUCUUACUCCUGA